AUGGGAAAUUACAUUUCUUGCACGUUGUCAUCGCCGGCGGGCAAGCAUUCUGGCAGGGCAGCAAAGGUUAUUUUUCCAGCAGGUGAAAUCCGGCAAUUCUGCGAGCCUACAAAAGCUGCAGAACUAAUGCUGGAAACACCAAAUUCUUUCCUCGUAAACACGAAAUCCCUUCAGAUUGGGAGAAGAUUUUCUGCACUAAAUGCAGAUGAAGACCUCGAAAUGGCAAAUGUAUAUGUCUUUUUUCCGAUGAAGAGAUUGAAUACUCCGGUGACAGCUUCAGAUAUGGGAGCACUGUUUUUAACAGCAAAUUCAGCUGCGAAACGGCCAUCGUCGAUCGGAAGUGUGAGAAUCUUGCCGGAAUGUAGUGAUAAACCGGUGCCAAAACUGAAUCUGGAUGAUAUUGAAGAAUUUUCAACGCAGGAGUUUCAGCACCGGCUGUCCAUGUGUAGAUCAAAGAAGCCAUUGUUGGAGACUAUAGUUGAAGAACCUGUUGGUUUGAGAAUACUACCAAAUUAA